AUGGGCGAGCGAAAAUCACACGUCAAAAGCAGACUUGGUUGUACUCAGUGCAAGGCGCGAAGAGUGAAGUGUGAUGAGCGUCAUCCGACAUGCUCAAAUUGCAAGCGGCGACAAGAAGAAUGCUCGUACAAAAUUGCGGAAGCUCUCACCCCCUCCCCGGAAGCGGGUAUACCGGACCAUGCCAAUGGAAUUACAAUCAGUCAUAAGCUGCAUCUCAAGCAGAUGGAGCUCUUGCACCACUACCUGACAGAUACUUACGCGACGCUGGCCAUUCGCCCUCAAGGUCCUCCUACACAAUUGUUCGAAGUACCCAAAUUGGCGUUCAGGCACGACUACUUGCUCGACACGCUGCUUGCGAUCACUUCACUGCACAUCGCAAAGACGCGACCCGAAGAAGGCCGGCGAGAACUUGUUGCAGAUGCAGUCCGGUAUCAGGCCCGUGCUCUAUCUUCCUAUAGGCACAGUCUGGCGAAUCUUACUGCGGAGGACUGUCAAGCUUUAUAU